UCUUCUCGCAUACUGGGCUUUUUGUCCUGCAUCUUAUGUUUUCAUUAGGAAACUGGGCACUACCAAGUCAGAGAGAGAAGGAUUAAAGAACGACAGACAGCUAACGCAGCACAGAGAGUAAAAAGAGAAGAGGAGUUUAAAGGAGGAGGAGGAGGAGUUAUCUUUCCUGUCUUUAAGAACUUUCUUCGCUUUUUGUUUCUUUCUUUGAGUCGCACUCCAGGUUUCAUCAUGACCCGCCCCUCCUCAUCCCUGGUUGGACUCAUCUUUCUUCUGAUUGGCUACGCUGUUGCAGGACCCGAAUCCAAUCUGCAGCCUCGAGCGGUGCGUUCAACUGCCUGUCAGGAGCACAUCAGCCUUCACAACCGCCUGGAUGUUGUGGAAAAGCAGAAGGUGGAGGACACAGUGGAGAAGUUAGAAGUUGAGCUGGCUGCUCUGCUGGAGGCCAUUGAAGCUCCAAAGUGGCGCCCCCUUCUGGACAACACAGGACAGACAGCUGUGGACAUCCUGGAGGAUCCAGCACAGAGGGGAAUCUGAAAACGACCACACGUCCACAGAGGAGGGACUGAAGAGGGCUGGAGUUGGAUUUUAAAGGCUGAAACGUGUUUGCAGAAAUGUUGCUGAACAUUAUGGAGAUGCAUAUUAUAAUAUUUUGUGUUUAAAAGCUUAACCUUUUACAGAGGGGGCAUGUGAUGAUGGUGUUUGUUAUUUACCCUCAUCUCUUCUCCAGUUAUAUAAAUAAGGGCCAAAUAAAUUUGAAAAAUACUACCACAAUAACGUUUUCUGUAUUGAUCAGAUUUUUAUCUGCAUAUAUAAUCGUAUAAUGUUGCUGAAGAAGAGUAUCCUGAUCACGACAGAAGCUUGAAGAAAUCCAACAGCCCACAGGUUGAAUUAUGUAAAUCAAACAUGCACUUGAGUAGUCUAAGACCUUGUUUGCACAAGAACAGAUUUGCCUGAAGACCUAUGAGACUUUAUUAUAACAGAGGAUCAUCCAAACCCAAAUCCCCAUGGGAAUCUGUUGUGACUGUUUUGUGUAGAGAGUUAGAUUCAACAAAAAAACAGGCAUUGUAUUUAACAAAACGCAGAUGUAUUAUGUUAAUCCACAGUUAAUAAGCAUCCCAGUCAUUUUUUAGUUUUCAAUGCAGAGUUUUGUUUCCCCAGUGUGUCUUCUUUGCCUCUUUCUCUGUCUUGACUGUGGUGGCUGUGAUGGUUAUUAAAAAGUAAGUUCUGAA